GAGUCGGCCGAGCACGGACACACCGACAUCGACACUGCGCUGGAGAAGAUCCUGACGGACGUGCUCAACAUUCUGAAGGACUGCGGAGCUCCCAUCCUACCCAGGACGGUUUCUAUGGCCACCACUGAGCCGAGCCCCGUUGAAAAGCUUCUGGAGGAGUUGAAAGCCCUCGUGGACAAGUACCUGCCGAUCCUGGGACCGAUCAUCGGUCUGACAGAGGAUCAGGUCAAUGCCGUCAUCUCCAACUUUGACAAGUUUGUGGCCGAUUGCGAGGCUCUAAAUCACGGCACCGUUGACAUCUCCACCGGACUCGAGAACAUGGUCACCGACAUCAUCGAGAUCCUGAGAGCCCUGGGCAUCGAUACUACCAAUCCCACGGACGACACACCGACCGAUCUGGACGGCCUGCUGACUCAGCUGGAGAGUCUUCUAAGCAAGGGUCUCGAGUCCCUGGGGCCGGUGCUGGGUCUGACUGAUGACCAGAUCAAGGCUGCAGAGGCUGACAUUGACACGCUCAUCAAGGACAUCGAGUCGGCCGAGCACGGACACACCGACAUCGACACUGCGCUGGAGAAGAUCCUGACGGACGUGCUCAACAUUCUGAAGGACUGCGGAGCUCCCAUCCUACCCAGGACGGUUUCUAUGGUCACCACUGAGCCGAGCCCCGUUGAAAAGCUUCUGGAGGAGUUGAAAGCCCUCGUGGACAAGUACCUGCCGAUCCUGGGACCGAUCAUCGGUCUGACAGAGGAUCAGGUCAAUGCCGUCAUCUCCAACUUUGACAAGUUUGUGGCCGAUUGCGAGGCUCUAAAUCACGGCACCGUUGACAUCUCCACCGGACUCGAGAACAUGGUCACCGACAUCAUCGAGAUCCUGAGAGCCCUGGGCAUCGAUACUACCAAUCCCACGGACGACACACCGACCGAUCUUGACGGCCUGCUGACUCAGCUGGAGAGUCUUCUAAGCAAGGGCUCGAGUCCCUGGGGCCGGUGCUGCUGGGUCGACUGA